AUGUCGGUGUCAACACCAACCCUAAUCCCAAGACCCCAGCUCUUCCCUCGUCUCUUACCCACCCCUCCGCAUCCGCCUCAAACAUAUCCAUUGCCAAAAAGCCACUCUUUCCCCGCGAAUUCGGCGUCGUUAUGGACUUCGGGAGGACAAUCAAAUGCUGGGGGAGACUUAACCAGUAGCUCGGGAAGAAGUUCGGUGGGAAUACAUGGUCAUUUGAAUGCUAAACGCAACUUGCAACGCGAGAUGGACGAUCUGAGUGAGGAGGAGAAUGAGUUGGAUGAAUUGAGCCUUGCAAUACACCAACGAGGAUUCUCAUUUCUAGUGCCGAUUGGGAAGACGCUCACAGUCUUAGAGGAGAAGAACGAUGCCGAUGAAGAUGAAUCGGAAGACUCCGUCUCAGCAGCCUCAGCGUCUGGUGGUCCUCCUUCCGUUCUCGAGGACGAUGGAGAUGGAGAGAAUGAUUUAGACGCUAGUAUGGAAGACAUGGACGACAGCAUGAACAACGAGGAUGAUGAAGAUGAUGAGGAUAACGAUGGAAUGGAUGAUGAAGAGGAUUUGGAUGACGGGUAG